GAGGGGCUGAGGAGUGAAAACUGCAAAUUAGAGAAACUGAGCCUGUCUCAUUGUGGCCUUGCCUCCAGAUGUGGCUCAGCUCUCUCAUCGGUUCUUUCUUCUCCACACUCACGACUGACUGAACUGAAGCUGAAUAACAACAAUGUGAUGGAUUUAGGAGUGGACCAGCUUUGUAGGGGCUGAGGAGUGAAAACUGCAAAUUAGAGAAACUGAGGAUGUCUGGUUGUCAUCUCACCUAUGGAUGUUGCUCAGCUCUCUCCUCAGCUAUUUCUUCUCCUCAUUCACAAAUGACUGAACUGGACCUGAGUGACAACAACAAAAUGGAGGAUUCAGGAGUGGCUCAGCUGUGUCAAGGAUUGAUUAGGGAAAACUGCAAAUUACAGAAACUGAGCCUGUCUGAAUGUGGUCUCACCUCCAAAUGUGGCUUACCUCUGUACCUUGUUCUUUCUUCUCCACACUCACAACUGACUGAACUGGACCUGAGCAACAACAAUAUGGAGGAUAAAGAAGUGUAUCUGCUGUUUGAGGGGCUGAAAAGUGAAAACUGCCUAGUAGAGAAACUGAGCCUGGCUUAUUGUAGCCUCAACUCAGACUGUUGGUCAAUUCUCUCCUUAGUGCUCUCUUCUCCACACUCACAACUUACUGAACUGGACCUGAAUGACAAUAUGCUGGGAUUUAGGGGAAUUUCUGCGCUGUAUGAGGGGCUGAGGAGCCCAAACUGUAAAUUAGAAACACUGAGGCUAUCUGAUAAUGUGAUCAGUGAGAGUGAGAAAAACAACCUGAGGUCACUACAGGAGGAGCUGAACAGUUCUGGACGGCAGGUGGAUAUCGAGAUAUGAAAAGACUUGACCUGGUGAUCAACUGACCCCAGUGAUGAUACCACUGUCCACUCCACAUAUCAUAAAUUCUCUCUGUCUUCUUUUAGCCUGUGUACUUCUUCUUUAAACUCAUUUGUGUGUGUCUCCUGUGUUACUUAACUGGUGACAAAACUCCACAAGUUCACACCAUAGACUCUCA